AGCCCCAUGCACAUAAUAGUAGACAACACAGCUGCCCUCCAAUAGGAAAGAAGUACCUUCGCUUACUUCUACUGAAUCUGCAAAAGGAGAAACCAUGAAGCCCAAAUCUCUUCCAUCCCGACUGUUUGACAGGGAUUCAGCUGCAUUGUCAGGUGAAAGGACUAAAAGCUGUGCAGCGAAGUAUCAAAGGCAUGUUGACUCUGUUGAUCAGUCUUCCUCCAAUGAUGGCACAAUAAAUGAAAAAGCCAAAAGAGACCUGAACUUUACCUUUCUACAAGAGAGAUACGAGCCAUUGAGGGAUGAUGAGGCAAAAGAAGAGAAGAAAAGGAAGAAGAAAGAAAACUACAAGAAAGUAAAAAAGAAUGUGGGAAAGGCACUCCGAACCACCUGGAAAUGUCUGAUGCUCGGUCUGUACAACUUUGCCCUCGCCUACUCCACUCCCAUCACAGUGGCAGCGACUUUUGUCCCAGACUUUCACCCCAGCAGAGACAGGACAUGAGCUUCCAGCAAGAAUCCAGCCGGUGGUGUUGCUCGUGAAAAGGUGUAACCAUGAAACAUCGUCCAAAGACUCCCUGUAUUUUUUAAAUGCCCUGUAUUUGAAGAAAUAUAACUGUUUUCUGUCUGUUGCAUAAAAUCCUAGCCUGGAAACCAAGAGAGAUUUAUGUUGUAAGUCAGUCUGGCUGGCCAGGCCAACAAGAUCCACCAACUUAGACUUGAUAAACUUGAGUUGUUCUCAAAAAGAAAGAUAUAAGGUAUUUUGAAAAGUCCUUUUUUUAUUUAUUUUUAACCAAUUUAAGCUUUUUAUUUUUUAUAUUUCAGACAAGUCUGUUUUAGGUUGACCCAGUAGGAUGCACACAUUAGUUAUAGCGUACAGUUUAUAGAAUAAAAUACAUAACAUAUAAGACUUUUUUUCAUUUGAAAACAGUGAGUUUUCAUAAUCAGAUCAUUCUCCUUACUAUUUUAUUUUUUUAUGAUUUGGAACAAAUAUAUUUAUCAAUAGAAAAGAUUCAACAAGAAAGUCAUUACUAUGUAACUGUAAUUAAAAUUAAUUCGGCUUAUUAAGAAGAAGGUCAAAAUGACACUCUUUUAGAAGUCUCAUCUGCCUCCAUACAUUUGAAAAAACAUUUAUGAAAAUGAGCAUGAUUUACUUUUUGGGGCAAUUUAAGACACAUUAUCACCUUUUUAUCAUUUUUUCUAAAAUUUUUGCUCUUGAAUGCCAUUAAUACACAUUUAACACGGUUUUUUGAGGCUAGUAUGUGAAGUGUAGUUACAUGCUGGUUUUAAAAUUAAAGACAAGAUGUUUGCUUUAGAAAAGUGGAUGAAGAGCACUAGAAAAGACAGUAGGGUCUGUUUUUGUAGGUCUAGAGAAA